UCCUCUCGGCCAGUCUGCUGCUCCUUCUCCAAACGGAGCAACACUUCACUCGGGAGAUGAAAAUAUCAGUUGUGUCCAAGAAGCUGUGGUGCGUCCACAAACAGCUGCUUGUCCUGCUCGUUCCUCUCCUGUUUCUGCCGCUCCUUUUCACUCUCCCGGAGAAGGAGGGAAAAUGUCUUUAUGUGGUGGUGCUGAUGGCUAUAUUGUGGUGCACAGAGGCCCUUCCUCUGGCCAUCACUGCGAUGUUUCCGGUCUGCCUCUUCCCAACACUGGGAAUUCUUCCAUCCAAAAGAGUCUGCCCUCAGUACUUCCUCGAAACCAAUUUUCUUUUCCUCAGCGGUCUUCUGAUGGCGUCGUCCAUCGAGGAGUGGGGCCUGCAUCACAGAAUCGCCCUGAAGGUCCUCACUAUCGUCGGCGUAAAACCAGCCUGGCUCAUACUGGGAAUGAUGCUGACCACGUCCUCCCUGUCCAUGUGGCUCAGCAACACCGCCACCACAGCCAUGAUGCUCCCUAUCGCUAAUGCCAUCCUGGAGAGUCUGUUUGGAGACCUGGAGACCCUGAAAGAGAAUUGCAAGUGCACAAAGGACCCCGAGGGUGAUAUAAUAAAUGGUCGGCCUAGUGUAAAGCUGCAUUCACUGCCCUCAGUGCCCUCCGAAAACCAAAUGCUGUCAAACGACGGGACGGAUGGGACAGAGCAGAGCGACAAGAGUACGGCUGAGGAGAUCCGAUCGGAGUCGGAGUAUCAACUGAAGGUGUGGAAAGGAUUCUUGAUCUGUAUUCCUUAUGCAGCGAGUAUUGGAGGGACCGCCACACUGACCGGCACCACGCCCAACCUCAUCCUGAUUGGACAGCUGAAAAGCUACUUUCCAGACUGCGAAGACAUCAACUUUGGCUCUUGGUUUGCGUUCGCUUUCCCGCUCAUGAUUGUUUUCCUGUUUUUGGGAUGGAUUUGGAUUGCGUUUCUCCACGGGGGAUUGAAUGCACGGUUGUGCUUCACGAAACACGACCGGAGAGCUCAGGCCGAGGCCAGAGCAAGGGCUCUUAUAGAGGACGAUUACAGAAAACUAGGGCCCAUAUGUUUUGCAGAGGGAGCUAUCUCUUUCUUUUUUGUAUUGUUUGCAGUUCUGCUGUUCACAAGAGAUCCCAAAUUCAUCCCCGGCUGGUCUGUGUUUUUUAAAAAAGGGUACGUCUCAGACGCAGUCACUGGUGUGAUCAUUGUGUCCAUGUUGUUCUUCUUCCCGUCGCAGAAACCUUCUCUGAGCUGGUGGUUUGACCCUCAAGCAUCAAACACUCCUUAUGUACCUCUCCUAUCAUGGAAGAAAGCUCAGGAGUCUGUUCCCUGGAAUAUCAUUCUGUUGCUCGGGGGCGGCUUCGCUAUGGCUAAAGGUUGUGAGGAAUCUGGACUCGCCACAUGGAUCGGGGGCCACCUCCAGCCUUUGGCCGAGGUCCCUCCUGCUGCAGCUGUGAUGUUGAUCACUGCUUUCCUGGCCUGCUUCACUGAGUUCGCCAGCAACACUGCCACAAUUAUCAUAUUUUUACCCAUCAUUGCUGAACUGGCUAUUCACGUCUCCGUGAAUCCUCUGUACUUCAUGAUACCUGCAACAAUAGGAUGUUCAUAUGCCUUCAUGCUGCCAGUCUCCACACCACCCAACUCCAUCGCCUUCGCAUCAGGACAUCUCAUGGUCAAAGACAUGGUGAAAACUGGCAUUGUGAUGAACAUCCUGGGCAUCCUCUCUGUCUCUCUGGCCAUGAACACGUGGGGUGUUGCCAUGUUUGACUUGAACACCUAUCCAGAAUGGGCACACCCCAUUAACACGUCUGCUCUCGUUACUGAUGUGCACCUAUUACCUGUCCUGUCACUCAAUGCUACGCUCUGAUUACACACCCAAAGAGUAUCCGACGAUUGUACAAAGAUUUAACACUAAACGGGGACAAAUGUCUGUGUGUAGACGUCUGGCAGCUACAGCUGUUACCUGUUAUGAUGCAUUUAAUAAGUUUGUGACACUCAAGUGUCAGGAAUUCCUGCUGUGAACUGUUAUUUUUUUGGCACACUCCAAGUUUUAACAUAAGAAUGGUGCAACGAGAUAAAAACAAGCAACAAUAUUUCUCUGCCUUCCUAAAAUUGGACAGGAGAGACAUUUAACCUCAACAACAGCGACAGCCGGAGCUCUGAAGAGAAACACCAGUCAGACUGCAGAGUGUGCUGUUUGUAUUGAUGCUCACCUCUGCUGGAAGAAUGAGAGAUACCUCUGUGAAUAAUUAUUUUUAAAUAUAUAUUUGAUAUAAAUAUAUUAUUAUAUUUUGACUUUUGGUUAGAAUCCCUGAGAGAUCAUGUUGCUCCUUUAUGUAUUAUAUGGCACAUGUUUAAAUCCACAGCACAUAAACAAUAUUUUCAAAAACCUUUCUACGUUAAUGAAUCCAAAUAAUGAAUUUUGUUAUAGAGUGAUUUGCAUUAAUAUAACUGCUGUUACAAAUAAAUUGUCUGUAUUUUGAUGAUAUAAAAGAAACUGAAUGAAAUAUUGCUAA